AUGGUCACUGCCACUACUACUACUACUUUGAAAGUUGGUGUUCUCGCCUUGCAAGGCGCCUUCAUUGAACACAUCCACAUGCUCAACAAUCUCGCCGAGGUGUCCGAAGCCAUUCCUGUGCGCACGAUCGAGCAACUCAACUCUGUGGAUGCCCUCAUUAUUCCCGGUGGUGAGUCGACGGCUAUGGCUCUUAUUGCAGAACGCUGCCAGCUUUUGGAACCUUUGCGUGCCUUUGUCAAGGAGAAGCCUACAUGGGGUACUUGUGCUGGUAUGAUUAUGCUUGCCAAUGAAGCUUCAAGUGCCAAGAAAGGAGGACAACAAUUGAUUGGUGGUAUGGGUAUCCGUGUCAACCGCAACCAAUUUGGUACGCAAAAGGACUCGUUUGGUAUUGGAUUGCACAUGCCUGAGAUCGUGGGUGAAGAGCCUUUCCAUGCCGUCUUUAUUCGUGCACCAGUGAUCACCGAUAUUUUGUCUGACGAUGUCAAGGUCCUCGCAAGAUUGGAAAAACAAGUGGGUGAGACGAAGGCUGAGACUAUUGUGGCAGUACGACAAAACAAUCUCUUUGCUACGGCUUUCCAUCCCGAAUUGACUCGUGAUGAUCGUCUCCACAAGUUCUUUGUCAAAAUGGCCAUCGAGUGCUACAACAACAAGCAAUAG